GUUUUUUGCACAAUUUUCUUGAAAUAUCAAUAUUCCAUAGAAGAAAAUAUAUCCAUCCUCUUUUGGAGAAAGUUUUAUUUUAAAACACCAAGAUAGAAAUAACAUUGAGCUUCUUUAAAAGUGACAGAUCUCCUAUACUAGAUAUUUAUCACAAUUUAUAAGUUGUCUUUUUUCUUUCCAAAGUUCAUGUAACAUUUAGCUGGACUCAGAGCAAAAGUGGCUCUUUUGACUGUAAAGGUUGAAGACCCCCAAGUACAGAGGCUGACUGUUCGUAGAGUGCAGUGUCAAAGUAUAUUAUCGGAAGAGUAAGAGGAAGGAAAAGUGUGAAAGAGAAAUGUACACAAGCAACAAGGACAAACACAGAGGAUUUUGAAGUAAAGCCCAUUCUAGAGUAAGAUUAAUAAAGGACGGACUGAGGCUGGGGUCAAUUCUUCAAGAGCCAACACACAGGUAUUUUCACUGUUUGUUUUUUUUCAAGCCCCCACUUAAAAUUUGUGGGGUAUUGAGGAGAGGAAAAUAAAAGAAUAAUUUUACUUUUUUAUAUAAUACUCAUAUAAACAGGUAUGUCCUUGAACGUAAUAGCUUUUUUUGUUUUUACUCACUUUUUGUGGGUUUUAUUUAUGUGAAACCUUUCACAGUCCUACCAAAAUGACUUAAAUCUUUUACAAGGAAAACUCCCUAAUUAACUCUAAUAUAAAUUCAGAAAAAUAUAGUUACAUUAAAGAUAAGUGUUGAAAAUAUUGUGUUUGGAUUACUUUUUAUCCCCAAAGCAUUCCAAAUACUACUUUUAAGUGUUGCUACUUGGCGCCAUCUUUGUUGGAGGCGUGUAAACGCACUUCUGAAGUUCAGUCAAACAUGGCUGCUCUAAAGAAAACGCUAAUCGCUGCUGCUGUUGCCGCUGUGGCGGCUUUCUUUGGCCACGCAUUUCUUAAAAUACAGAGGCUGAGUCUUGCCUCCAGAGAAAUGCCUGUCAAGCACCUCAAGUGUCGUUAUUUACCCAAUAUAGAGUAUGGAGCAGAGGAUAUCACUAUCCUUAAAGAUGGACUGGCCUUUUUGAGCACAGGGCUGCAUGACUACCUUGGAUUGCCUUCGUUCUCCAAUGAACCAGGAAAAAUGUACGUUCUGGAUCUGUUGCACCCAAAACCGACCCCAGUGGAACUGCAAAUCAAAGGAGAACUGGACCUCAGCUCUUUCAACCCGCAUGGGAUUAGUGUAUACACGAAUGAAGCAGAUGACUCUAUAUAUCUGUUCGUUGUCAAUCAUCCUCAGCAAAAAAGCCAGGUAGAGAUCUUUCGCUUUGUUGGGGAGGACACACUUGUGCACUUAAAGACUGUUGCACAUCCUUUACUGAUCAGUGUGAACGACAUUGUCGCCGUUGGACCAGAACAUUUCUAUGCGACAAAUGAUCGCUAUUUUAGUUCUACACUUCAUCUGCUAACUGUCAUCCUGAGUAUGCCCUGGUGUAACAUUGUGUACUACAGCCCUGAGGAAGUGAGGGAGGCAGCUGGUGGCAUUCAAUCUGGAAAUGGGAUAAAUAUAUCUCCAGACAAACGGUAUAUUUAUGUUUCUGAUAUCCUGGACCACGAGGUGGAUGUUUUUGAGCGAUUAGACGGAGAACAGUUGGUCUACAUUAAGUCUGUUCCAGUUGGAACACUUUGUGAUAAUAUUGAGGUGGACCACAUGACAGGUGACGUCUGGCUGGGCUGUCAUCCAGAUGCCACUAAAUUGUCCAAUUUUGAUCCUAAAGAUCCUCCUGGCUCAGAGAUCAUCAAGAUCAAGAACAUUGUCUCAGAUCAGCCAGUGGUAACCCUGGAGUAUGGAGACGAUGGUCAUGAGCUGAUGGGCUCCACCGUUGCUGCACCCUACGAGGGAAAGCUGCUCAUCGGGACAAUCUUUCACAAAGCCCUGUACUGUGCUUUGAAAUAAACUGCCAACUAUUUAUCCCAAAACACAAUUUGCUUAUCUCUCUUGAACAAUAAAACUAUUUUGGUUUGUCAUAGAAGAAGAUUAUGAGAAAACAGAAUAACAUUGUCACAACUUUUUCUCCUGGUAUUUACACAUGGACCUGCUAUGCAUCUAAAAAAAAUUUGUUAUUUGACGCAAAUAUCCUACUUUUAUUGCAACAGUCAAAAAUAUAGGAAUAGUUAGACUUAAAAUAGGCAGAUAUCAAUGAUAAAUACAGUUCUGCUAAUUUGUUUACACACUCUCAACAUGGAAACAGUCUAUAAUGCAAUGUCAGUGAAUUGCAAGAAUUGGAAGCAUUGUAUUUAUUGUGGAUUUCCCCUUUAGUCCCUACAGGUUAGCAGCUGUUAUAUAAACAUCAGGGUUUUUACGCAGUCUGGAAAUGUAUACUUUCAAUCAAUAAAACUUUACGUAUCACUUUUCAACAAAACUUCACAAUU